AUGGUAGAACUCAGAUCCGGGUCAGCAACAAGCCCUGAGAACACCAACGCGGAACCCGUCCCUGGUACUAACACUCCUUUCAGUGGCACCACUACGCCACUUACUAAUCCCAACAACACGGAAAGAGAUCCUUCAGGUGUUACACCACCAGUCACCAGGGCCAGAGCUGCUGCAACCCCUAAUGUUUCUACGCGGCCUACUAAUCUCAGCAGCACGGAAAACGCUCCUUCAGGUGUUACACCACCAGUCACCAGGGCCAGAGUUGCUGUUACCGCCCCUAAUGCUUCGUCGAGUAUGACGCCUCCGACCGUCACUAGGACUACAGUUACUCCACCAUCAGGACGAGAAACCAGAGAAGCUAAAAGGAGUCGACCCUAUGUCACCAUCGCUGAUUUGAUGGAGAGACAGGAGGUUCUUGCUGAAGCUCAGACGUACAUGGAUUCGACUCAGAAAGAGGUCCUUGUCUUUUUCAAGACCCUAACGGAGCAACUACCACAGGAGUCACGCCAUCCAGAACCGAUGAGGAACACCUCCAAUACCCCUGGCGUCGGCACCUCAGCGGGGCAUACCUUUGCAAACGAAGAGACUCGCGCCGGAACCCCAUUGGAGAGAAAUCAACCAUCCAAUUUUGUCACACGAGAAGAUUUGGAGCAACUUCUUCGGAAUCGAGUCAAAAACAAAGCAAAAUUGGGAGCAUCCCCUCUGCCAGUGUCGACACCCGAAAGAUUUUCCAAAAAGCCGUCCGACCUGCUUCCGUAUCAACAACUUACCAAAGGAACACGAUCACCCGGACAAAGCCCAUUGGCGCUCGCUCGCAGAUUCCAAACGCAAGUAGGUCUGGGCAAACAACCUUCUCUAGAACCGGUCACUUCAUCUCUUAGCCCAUCAUGGGGACUUGGUCCGAUUAUCGACACAGACAUUGUUAAGAGAUGUGAGUGGGGCGCUGGACCUUUCAAGCGCUUCACCAAGAAUUUGGAAGCUGCAGCCGAAGAUGACGAGACCAAGAGUCAAGCGGAUACAUGA